AUGGGGGCCAACAUGGGUAAGAGUUCAGCGUCUUUGCUGGAUGCACUCCCUACACCACAAAGUCAUUUGCAUGUAGUCAUGUUGGGCCUAGACAGUGCUGGUAAGACUACAGCUCUCUACAGACUUAAAUUCAACCAGUACCUGAAUACAGUUCCUACAAUUGGAUUUAACUGUGAAAAAGUAAAAGGAACUGUCGGUAGAGCCCGAGGUCAAACAUUUCUUGUGUGGGACGUUGGUGGACAAGAAAAACUUCGACCAUUAUGGAAAAGUUAUACUAGGUGUACUGAUGGUAUAUUAUUCGUUGUGGACAGUGUAGAUGUAGAACGGAUGGAAGAAGCAAAAAUGGAACUAGCCCGCACAGCAAGAGCUCCAGAAAACACAGGCGUACCAAUUUUAGUAUUAGCAAAUAAACAAGAUUUGCCUGCAGCACGAGACUCAGCAGAAUUAGAAAGACUUUUAGGUCUAAAUGAACUUAAUCAUUUGUGGCAUAUUCAAGCUGCUUGUGCUAUAACUGGGGAUGGUCUUCAAGAAGGUUUGGAUGCGCUUUAUGAUAUGAUAUUAAAACGCAGAAAAUUAGCUAAACAAGUGAAAAAGAAAACUCGAUAA